AUGACUGAAUGUUAUCAGGGCCAGGCGUACAGAGCUCCCGAACCGAGCAUGGAGGGGUGGGCUGCCUGCCAAUAUCGUACUGUCCGAACGAUAACAAGCGAUGACUACUGCAUCCCAAAUAACUUGGGCCCGAAUCCCCUUGUCCAAAUAACCACAAGCUUCCAGAUCUGGAUAAGUAGGGCGCAGAAAUCUGGACCAGGAACAAGGCAAUGUCAAAACAUUUUGAUUUUCUGUGAAAGAUGGCGAAGGAGGACCAAUCAAGAGAUUUAUGGUGUUUCAGACGUGUCCAAUUAUGUUGCAAGCGAACUAAGAAAUCUGCUGACAGAAGUCAUCAACGGAAAAAGAAGGAAUUUCUCUGAAUCUCAUAGGCAAGUAUCAACAGGAGUGAGAUGUUAUGUAUCAUGUGUGACAACCUACUGCUGCUACAAAAACAAUAAGAAUUACAUUUUCUUGAAAUUUCUUUUACAAUGA